ACGCGCGGCGACGGCACUGGCCGCUGGCACUGACCGCUCGGGCGAGGCCAAAUGCGCUCGCGGAGGCAGAGCCCCAGCCCCUCGACGGUGGGGUAAAACACCGAGACAGGGCUCGUCCCAGGAACUUGGGACUGAUUUGUGAAGCUCCAGGCAGGCGCCGCCGGAAUCCGGGUGGAAAACAGGAAGAGUAGGGGAUGGAGGGCGGAGGGUUCACUGGGAGCGGCGGGGAGACGGGGCUGGUCUGCGGCUGCAGCGGCACCGGCCAGUGUGGACGUUGCAAAGACGCGAACUUGCCAGCUUUGCUUUUCUAGGCCACUGCCCUCUCUUCACAAGGCAGACAUGACUAAUUUCCAGCACAGUGACCUGCGCUAAGGGUUCAUACGCACUUCUCAGGCCCCUCCUUAGGCGCGCCCCCCUCUCUGCCCCUCUCCCCUUGCCCACGCGCCCCAGGGUAGGGGCCUGGUGUGAAUACAACCUCUGAAGUGAAUCUGCACCCGAAGGCUUCCUUCUGACUCCUGGGCAAGCCGGCCCCAGUGAGUUCAGCCUUCACACGUCUCUGCCUUUUCCCAAGAAGAGCAGGAAAUGGCCAAGUCCCAGGAACUCGUGGCAUUUGAGGAUGUGCUUGUGGAUUUCACCCCAGAAGAGUGGCAGUACCUGAACUCUUCACAGAAGACUCUGUACAGAGAAGUGAUGCUGGAGACCUAUGGCAACCUGGUCUCUGUGGCAGGGCAGCAGGAUACCAAACCAGAUCUCAUCCUCAAAUUGGAGUUAGAAGGUCCAUGCCUGGCAGAAAGAAAAAUCUCAGUUUGGAGCUUUCCAGAAGAAGCCUGUCAAGUUGAUGAACAGAUUGAGAGACAGCACCAAGUUGACCAAGAUAGAUAUUUGUUGAUGCAAGUUGGAUUCCCUGACAAAACAAUUAUCACCAAGACUGGCUAUGACUAUAAUGAAUUUGGAAAUGCAUUUCAUCUGAAUACAAACCUUGUUGCUUCAAUACAAAGAUCCCAUAAGCAUGAGUCAUUUGGAAAUAGUAUGGUAGAUAAUUUAGACCUAUUUACCAGAAGCUCUGUAGGAAAGAAACAUGAUAAUGGAUGUGCAAAAUUAUUCUUCCAUACCGAAUAUGAGAAAACAACUCCUGGAGUAAAACCCCAUGGAUAUAGAGAGUGUGGGAAAGCCCUCAGGCGAAAGAAAGGUCUUAGUCUACAAGAGAGAAUUAAAAAUGGAGAGAAACCCUUUGAAUGCACCGCGUGUAGGAAAACCUUCAGCAAGAAGUCACACCUCAUUGUACAUUGGAGAACUCAUACAGGAGAGAAACCUUUUGGAUGUACUGAAUGUGGAAAAGCCUUUAGCCAAAAAUCUCAGCUCAUUAUACACUUGAGAAGUCAUACAGGAGAGCGACCUUUUGAGUGUCCAGAAUGUGGAAAAGCAUUCAGAGAAAAGUCAACUGUCAUAAUACAUUACAGGACUCAUACAGGAGAGAAACCUUAUGAAUGUAAUGAAUGUGGAAAAGCCUUCACUCAGAAGUCAAACCUCAUUGUCCAUCAGAAAACCCACACAGGAGAGAAAACUUACGAAUGCACUAAAUGUGGGGAAUCUUUCAUACAGAAGCUUGAUCUAAUUAUACAUCAUAGUACGCAUACAGGAAAAAAACCCCAUGAAUGUAAUGAGUGUAAGAAAACUUUCAGUGAUAAGUCAACCCUCAUUAUACAUCAAAGAACUCACACGGGGGAGAAACCUCAUAAGUGUACCGAAUGUGGGAAGUCUUUCAAUGAGAAGUCAACCCUCAUCGUGCAUCAGCGAACUCAUACGGGAGAGAAACCCUAUGAAUGUGACGUGUGUGGGAAAACCUUCACCCAAAAAUCAAACCUUGGCGUACAUCAGAGAACUCAUUCAGGAGAGAAACCUUUUGAAUGUAAUGAAUGUGAGAAAGCAUUCUCUCAGAAAUCCUAUCUCAUGCUCCACCAGAGAGGUCAUACAGGAGAGAAGCCCUAUGAAUGCAGUGAAUGUGAAAAAGCAUUUUCCCAGAAAUCAUACCUCAUUAUACAUCAAAGAACUCAUACGGAAGAAAAACCCUACAAAUGUAACGAAUGUGGCAAAGCCUUCAGAGAAAAGUCUAAGCUCAUUAUACAUCAGAGAAUUCACACAGGAGAGAAACCCUACGAAUGUCCUGUAUGUUGGAAAGCUUUUAGCCAAAAGUCUCAGCUCAUAAUACAUCAGCGAACACACACAGGAGAGAAACCCUAUGCAUGCACCGAGUGUGGCAAAGCCUUCAGGGAAAAAUCCACAUUCACUGUACACCAGAGAACUCAUACUGGAGAGAAACCCUACAAGUGUACAGAAUGUGGAAAAGCCUUUACCCAAAAAUCAAACCUUAUUGUGCAUCAGAGAACACACACGGGAAAGAAGGCCCAUGGGAAAGGCCACAGCCGUAAGUCAAAGCUCAUUGCACAUUAGAGAGUAGGAUCAAGGGUGCCUGUUUACAUUCACUGAGGGAAAGUUUUGUCCGUUGAAUUAACACUUCAAAAGUACGUUCUGACUUCUGGUUCAAAUACAGGGAGUAAAAGUCAGCCUCUCUUCUUUUUAGCUCAGUCUUCACCAAAACACUACAAGGAGCAAAAGCAAAAGUGUCAUCUCUAAUGUGACACAAUGAGAAGAUAGCAGAAAUCCCGAUGAGAGUACUGCCAGAGGCAGAGGAGAUUGAGCACCGGGGCAGGAGACGUCAAAGGGAACACUCAGGGCUGCAGCUGUGAGACAGCACUGGUGAGGACACUUAGUAGAGGUUCAGGAUAGCCUCUGAGUGCAAGGCCAACCACCAUCCACAGCAGUACCAGCUGGCAUGGGCAGGAAGGAGGUAGGAGGUCUCUUAGACCCAUUUGGGGGUCCAAGGGAGAGGCCUUGACAAGGGAUUGCUCAGACAAGCCAUAUUUGUAGAAAGUAGUCUGUACUCAUGAGCAGAGCACUUGGCAGGGGCUAGGGUGAGAGAAGGGGAGUGUUCCUUCUGAAGAACCCUACAGCUGCCCAGUUUACUGACUCUUAGAGGUCAACUCUAAAAGAAAUACCAAAUGGAAAAAGAAAAAAAAAAGCAAUUGUAAGAAAAACUUAUCCGCCUAGAAUGUCGCCCUGGUUUCUUAUCCCACAUGAACCU